AUGCUCAAGUUUGUCAGCGCAGGCGUGUGGGGCCUUCAGGCCAUCAUGGCGAUCGUCGUCCUCGCACUCUCUCUCGAGCUCACCAAAGAGAUCACGGGAAACGCCAAUGGGGUGGAUUUCAAAAUUCCGGACCCUCCUACAACCACCAAGUACAGCGCGUUCUGCGGCGGCUUUGGUCUGGCCGUUGCCAUUUUCGGUGCCGUUGCCACCUUCUUCGACGCCAUCCCGGCCCUUGUUGUGAUGGCAGUCGAUGCCGUUAGUGGGGUGCUGCUCCUUGCUGGUGGAAUUGCAUUUGCAAUCGGCCUUCGCGGAAUCACAUGCGACCCUGGCAACGAUGAUGACUUGAAAAUGUUAUACGCAAACGACAUAAUUAACCGGGGCAAAGUCGAGAACUCGAAUAAGAAAAAUAACGAGGAAUGGCCCUGGACGACCGUCGGAACUGAGGGGGAACUCAUCGGUAAUUGCAAGAAGGCCACGGCUGACCAGGCCAUGCAAUUUGUAACGUGCGGCUUUGCUUUGGCCACGAUUGCCCUCGUUUUCUUGGUCUGGAAGAAGAACCGCUCUGGUGGUGGAAGGGCCUACGUUUGA